CUCAUUGCAAUUGACAAAAACGUCAUAGCACAAUGCACUCUAUCGGGAAGUGUUUCGAUUUUAUAAAAAACCUACGCAAAAUCUAUUGAAAAAGUGCCUUAGUUAUGAUACCGUAUCAUUUUCAAAUUUACGCGAGUGUGUCGUUCUUUUUCCUUUGUAAAAUUAUUUGUUACCUUUCAAGCUUCAUAUCAAUGUUGGAUAAGAAACUUCCGACAUUGAUGAGUGACUCCGGAAAGGAAGAGACCGACGAAGAUGUCUGCAAAUGGAUACCGAAGAAGAAGCACGAGGUCCUGAAGGCCAAGUACAAAUGUCUCAAGAAGCUGUUCCAAAUAUACGAUGCGAGUGUAAUUGGCAUCUUACCGGAGCCGUAUGGCGCGGAGGGGCGCGGGGAGCGGCGACACUCGCGUCGUCGACGCUCUCACCGUACCAAGACAGACGCGUGCGCCGGCACCACUGAGCAGGCUGCGCCGCCAGCACCCGCCCUCGCACCCGCCGAGCGCAGCUCGCUCACCACGGCCGUCAUGCGCGACCUCAAGCUACAAUACACAUCCAUCUCAACGCAAGAGUCUCUCGUACGCCGCGACAAGUACACACAGGACUGCAAAGAUCUCCUCUCAGUAACCACUAGCGAAAAGGAAUGCGAGUGCACGCAAACCUCGGAAAUCCUGCACGCGGCACCGUUCCUCAUGAUGAAGGACUCGCAACCGAAGCCGACGCGUUUCCAGCUGUUCCUCCAACGUAUACUCGGCAUAAGACGAGAGAAGUCCAACAACGGCCUACCCUCCCCCCACAUGUACGCGGCGAGCGACAACAACAUCAGCAAUCGCUAUGAGAAGCGCCGGCGACGCGGGUUGCGAUUUCGUCGGCUUCGGGGCGCAAAAAAAGUGUUCUCUGAGUCCGCGCUGAGAGAGCGACAGAGUCCGGUCAUACUGAGCUACGUGCAGUCCGUGCAGAGGAACUGCUUGAUGGACACCACGCCGCGGCAGUGUCCCUUCAUGGGGUGCAGAAUGAUCUUUUACGGUAUUAUCAACUACAACGACCACAUCAAUCUAUGUCACUUCACCGAUCGCAAGUUCUCCUGUCACUACUGCCACGAGGGAUUUCUCAGAGAGCGCGACAAAUUGUUACACGAAAAUGAACAUAUUGGUAUAUCUAAUCCGCCCGCUCAGCCGAGCCCGCCCGGUCCGCCGAUCCCGCACUACCAAGAUAACUCGGACGACGAGGAGCCAGUCUCCGUGCUCGCUAACAAGAGCUAUUCGACUUUACAUCGCGUCAACACAUCGUCUACUUUCACUCGUUUCACCUCAGAAGAGAAGUCGGCUAUGAGCUACGACCCGUCUACUAACAUUAUAUAUUACUCUUCAUCGGAGUCUGUGAAGAAUCCGUCGGUGAUGGGAGAGACGGUGAAGCGAAGCCGCGCCGGCUUCAACAGCUACAAAUGGGAACCCGGAAUCAAUUCUAUUCAGGCCUGA